UAAACCGGCUAAGACAGCCGCCAUGUUUGCUUAUAUAAAUAAUUCUUCUCUGUUGGAUACUAAUUAAAUCAUCUGCGGUCGUUGGAAGACUUCGUAAAUUUUCUUUAACACAUUUUUUAAGCGCCAUACGAUCACUGAUCGAUUAGGAUUUAAAAGCGAUUAUGGAGUUCAUUGCGAUACUAGUGGCUGUUAUUUGCCUGUUUGUCGUUACCGCACCAGUAACUGGUUUGACCUGCUAUGCGUGUGCAAGUGUCUUGAAUCCUGCAACGUGCGAUGUUGAUAACUUCGACCCAAGAGCGCAUUCGAACGACACCAUCAAAACCGUAUCCCACCUCCCCGACAAAGGCAAAGAAUGCAAUUACUGCACAAAGGCAUACUUUCACGACCCAACUUCGGGCUUCUAUACCUAUGCGCGCGGCUGCGAGAAUUCACCACGAGGCGUCGGAUGUCUGAAGGACGCUUGCGCCUGUACCACUGACCUCUGUAACAGCGCUGUUACCAUGACGACGACUUCAACUUCACUUCUUGAACUGCUUCUACCGGCGAUUGUCAACCGUUUGAUUUGGAGUUAAAGUGCAGCAAUACACAAAAUGCCAAUAUGACUGUCGCCCAUUUGAUGAGUUUAAGUACUCGUAAUAAAUCAUAGAUAUGUUGAACAUUAACUGAAUUUCUAUGACAGUUUCGAAAAGGCAAGCUGGGGGAUUUUUGUUUUAGUUCGGUAAGUUGUCAAUAUUGGGCAUUUGUCGUGCUCUUUUGAAUGAUAUUGUUCAUUGUUCCUCGUGACGUACAACAUUAUUUGUGCAAGCACUGUCUAUACUUAUUUAAUUAUCGUCUGUAAAUUGUUGGUAAGAAAACUUAGUAACGCGUUAGUCUUCGUUUAAGCGUGACCAGUUAUAUUUAUUAAAUUGAUUUUUAUAAAUUGCGCUGUUUCAAUAACGAUAAAUGCACAAAUCAACAGCAUAAAGUUAUAAAUUGCAUACUCAACAAACUGUAUCAAAUGACAUGCCAUUUGUGUUGUUCUGUUGUUUGCGUAAAUCGUCCGUUUGAAUAUAAACGUGACAUCAAGAGCUUUUGCUACAUAUGUUUUCGAUCGUUUUCUGACGUGUUGUGCCACUCGUUAUAACGUUUACAUUUAUUACAAUCUCACGUAUAAUAUGCAACAGAAAUGCUGUCAUAGGCUAACCCAAAUUAGGUAGUGGCGUAAGAAUAACCAACCGAUCGGAUCCCUACUCAACCUUAUGUUUUUUUGUUAGAAUUUCAUUCAGUUAUGACGAAUUAUAGAAGACAUUAUUUAAGUAUUUGCUCUUUUCAAAAUAUUGAUAUAUUCUAACCAUAUCCGCAAUCAUCUUACUUCAAUGAUAUUUUGUGUUGUCACGAAGAGAACAUCAUUAAUGCACAAAUGGGUACUUCCUCUAGCCUGUUCCUGUGGUGUAUAGUAAAUUGCUGAUAUUUGA